GAAGGGACAGAGGAAAGACAGUAACGGACUGCCAAAUGUGUAUAUGUGUGCCUGAACCAUUCUAGCAGAAGCUAGAGAACCUUUCUCCCAAGAAGUAGCUGCACAUCUUCAACAACAUUUUAAGGAAGAGUAAGAGCUGCCUGGGACAGGGGGAGGCUGUUGUUUGGAAGGACUGUGUCUAAAGUCUCAGGAAUAAGGCUUUUAGGUCAUAGGUGAUAUAAAAAUGGAACCGACUCUUGCAUAUGAGUUUAAUUUCUUGAGAGAAACCUUCAUAAAGGGCUAAAUAAACAAGAUCUACAUAUACAGAAAGUCCUUACUUCCUCUGCACUUGAGACACAACUAAACUUGUCUGUCUGUUUAGAGUCAAGUCAAGGCCUGAAUUUUUGCACUGACUGCAUCAUCUUCUCUCACUGCUGCUGUUGUGGGUCCGUGUUCAGUGAUAGUUUCUCUUCCUGGCUUACAGAUGCAAGCAGCCGAUUCUAGUUCCUGUGUAUUCCAGUGAGAGCCUAUCAGAGGACUGCAUUGAUUUGAAGCAAAUUCUUCAUUAACAAGACCCCCUAUAGAUUGGUUGUGAAGGGGAAAAGGCUGCUUGGCUUGAAAACGGAGGGAAUAAGAGCACUGGACUGUGACAAAUAGCCUGUGGCAGGGGAAGCGGGAGUUGUGUUUGGAGGGCAGUUACAGGAACACUGGCAUUUAAGCAAGUCCAGCAGACAAAGGAAACCCGAAGGCUUUUAUAACAAAUCCACCAGUGUCAAAAUGAACACAGAUAGCGGUGGGUGUGCUCGCAAACGUGCUGCAAUGUCUGUCACAUUAACAGCUGUGAAGAGGGUUCAGAGCUCUCCAAACCUACUGGCUUCAGGAUCUGAUUCUCAGUCUCCAGAUUCAGCUUGGAGAUCUUACGAUGGAAGCAGAGAGACACUGAAUGGAGACAUUAGCAGUUCAUCUCUUACAGCAAAAGGUUUUAGAAGUGUGCGGCCAAACCUACAGGACAAAAAAUCACCAACUCAGGCACCUCUGCCACCCCCUAGAAAAGAAAGCUUUCAGAAAGCAAGAGUAACUAAUCACAAGAAUGGAAUUAAUCUCCAGACAGUAACAACUGAGCCAGCUAAACACCUUCCUACAGAUACUGGCUAUUUUGCUAACGAGAAGUCUGCCCAGAAGAUGAUGUCUUCUCAGACAUCUAACACAAAUGUGUCCUAUGUACAAACAAUCACUAGCCCACUGACCACUAUCUCCAGUGUAGGCACAAGCACAAUAGCUGGAAUUAGUGCUACUCUCCAUCAAGGCCAAAUACAGCAGUCUCAAAAGCGGAGGGUAUCUACCCUUAAAUUAACCCGGACACAUGACACAGCAACUAGUGUUCAAUGUAAUAUCCAGCAACAGCUCAAGCCUGAUGAAGUGCCAAUAUUUUCACAAAGGCCUGUCUCACCUGCCUGUAACCCCAUGUCUGAGAUACACGCAGCAUCUCUUUCCAUUCAGAUAGCUCCCAUCCCUGACAACAAUGCAGAGCCUGAAACCCAAGAACAUCCACCUAGUAUUUCUCCAGACACUUCAAAGAUGUCUUCAAAGGAUGUGGGACAAAAGUCUACAGUUCUUCCUUCUUCACAGGCUGCAGAAUGCCAUGUGCUUGGAAACCAGAAAGUAACUGCCCCUGUGAUGGAGGUAAAUGCUUCACAGACACACAGACAAACAGCAACAGAAGCUUCUCCACUGCCUCUUCCUCCUCCUGUGGUACCAGUUAACAGAGCCUCUUUCUCACCAGACAGUGGCACCCAUCUAGUACCAUAUUCUUUGCCAACGCUUGAUGAUUUUUCACGCUUUUAUAAAACCCCAGCCCUUUCACAGUUUUCAUAUAAAUGCCCAUUCCUAGCUUCUGAAAAUACUAUCCACAAGAACGAAACAGCCUCUGUAAGCACAGAUUCUGCCAUGAGUGAGUGCUCCUCCCGCACAAUGAGUGAGUCCUCCACAGCCAUUCUAGAUGAGCUGCAGACUUGUAGCUAUGAUACUACUGACUGCUCUGAAACACCUUCCCCAACCUUGAGCCAGAUGUCUGCUGUGUCAGAUGGCACCACCUUAACCAACACUGCUGCCACUUCCAAUGCUCAGAUCACAGUGAAUGGGAACUCUGGCACUGCUGCCAGCCCAGUGAGUCACUUUCAAAGGCCUUUUUCCCCUUCUUCAGCUUACUCUCCACCAGCUUCUCUCAAUUCCAACCUUGUUAUCAUGCAGCAUGGCAGGAUGAUGGAGUCCACAGAGACAUACUCGCAACAUGUUCAGACCAUUGGCAGCAGCAGCACCACCAGUACAAUACCAAUCUGUAAAUCCUUAGAGGAAGAAAAAAAAAUUACAGUCAUUAAAGCUCCACAUUAUGCAGGGAUUGGCCCAGUGGAUGAAUCUGGAAUCCCUACAGCAAUUAGAACGACAGUUGACAGGCCAAAGGAUUGGUACAAGACAAUGUUCAAGCAAAUCCAUAUGGUACAUAAGCCUGAUGACGACACAGACAUGUAUAAUACUGCAUAUUCAUACAGUACUGGUGGCUACAGUCCAUCCUUUUCUGCUCAGGCACACCCAGCUGCAAAGACACAAACAUACAGACCGUUGUCUAAAAGUGCUUCUGACAGCAGCUCUGAUGCCUUUAAGGUCUCAUCUCCUUUGCCACCCCCACAUGUGCCACCCCCAGUACCACCACAUCGUCUGCGAGAAAGAUCUAUACCAGAAAAAAAUGACUGGGAUCCUCCUGACAGGAAAGUAGACACUCGCAAGUUCCGUUCAGAACCAAGAAGCAUUUUUGAGUAUGAGCCGGGAAAGUCAUCAAUCCUUGAACACGAAAGGCCGCCUGAUCGCAUAAACCCAGAUGACAUAGAUUUAGAAAAUGAACCCUGGUAUAAGUUCUUUUCAGAACUGGAGUUUGGACGUCCGCCACCUAAAAAGCUUUUGGACUAUGUUCGAGACAGUUCUUCUGAUGUUUCCAAUGAGACUUCCUUAUAUCAUCACGCUUCAACAGACAGAGGCCUGGACAGGCCUUCCAGUUCUGCAAGUACUGCGAGUGACUACAGGAAAAGGAGGAAGUCAGAACCUGCUGUAAGUCAUCAGAGAGCACACAGUGACCAGAAUGCAAACAGGCCCAGCCCGGGCCGUACAGAUAUGCAAGGCCCAUACAACACCCUUAGAAAGCCUUUAACAAGCUCGUCUCCUUCUUCUCCAUCACGAGCAAAAGGUGGGGAUAUUAGCAAAGUAUAUCCAUCCCUCCUCAGUUAUUCAGUGCACAACCACAACACCUCAAAUGAAUUAGAUUACUGUAGCACUUACAGACAACAUUUAGCUGUUCCUAAUGAUUCAAGAAGGGCAAUCAACUACAAGAAUGGCUGGCAAAUGACUCGACAAAAUGCAGAAGUCUGGAGCAGCACAGAAGAAACAACUUCUCCAAAGAGAAAAUCUCGUAGCUGUGAUGAUCUUUUAACAGAUGAUCGGGAUAACUUUCCCGAUGCACAGGCCAAGUCCGAAAGCAUGGGCUCUCUUCUGUGUGAGGAGGAUGCCAAAGAGGUUUCCUCAAUGAACUGGGCAUCCCCAUAUGCGCCUGAGGGCCGUGGUGGUGGUAGGGCAAGGGUUCGUCACAGAUCUGCACACGAUGCCCCAGGUUUUCUUAAAAUGUACAAGAAGAUGCAUCGUAUCAAUCGCAAGGACUUGAUGAACUCUGAGGUGAUCUGUUCUGUGAAGUCCAGAAUACUGCAGUAUGAAAAAGAACAGCAUAAAGGUAUUCUUCAGGGCUGGAGAGAGUCUUCUACUGAAGAGGUGCCCAGAGACAUGGUGCCAACUAGAAUAUCAGAAUUUGAAAAACUAAUUCAGAAGUCAAAAUCCAUGCCAAAUCUGGGUGAUGAAAUGUUGUCAAACAUUACACUAGAGCCUUCUAAAAAUGGCUUAUGUUCACAGCGGCGAUUUUCUAUCGAGUCCCUGCUGGAGGAAGAAAAUGAAGUCAGACAUCCCUCUCAGGUACAACGGAGCUACAAGUCUAAAACCCUGGUGCCAAUUCAUAUUGAAGUGACCAGUGAUGAGCCACAACGGUCACAUAUGGAUUUCUCAGACAGUGAUCAAGAUGGAGUGGUUUCUGACCUCAGUGACUUUAUACAGAUAGAGGGGUCAUCCUUUUGUAGUGAAAGUGACUUUGAUCACUAUUCCUUCACAUCAUCUGAAAGCUUUUAUGGAUCGGGUCAUCACCACCACCAUCACCACCACCACCACAGGCAUCUCAUCAGCUCCUGCAAAGGGAGAUGCCCAGCAUCCUACACCCGCUUCACCACCAUGUUGAAACACGAAAGGGCUAAACAAGAACCUGCUGAAGAUCCAAGGAGACAGGAGGCAGAAUCUGGCCUCUCCAAGAUAGCAUUCCUAGUCAGCCCAGUGCCUUUCCGAAGGAAAAAAAGUGCAGCCCCUAAGAAACAAACUGAAAAGACAAAACGCAAGUCAUCUGUAUUUGAAGCACUAGAUUCUGCACUUAAAGACAUCUGUGACCAAAUUAAAGCUGAAAAAAGAAGGGGAAGCUUGCCUGACAACAGUAUAUUGCACAGACUUAUUACUGAGCUGCUUCCAGACAUUCCAGAAAGGAAUUCAUCUCUUACAGCUCUGAAAAAGAGUCCCAUGCACCAGCCUUUUCAUCCACUGCCUCAAGAUGGUGCUACCCAUUGCCCACUUUACCAGAAUGAUUGUGGAAGAUUACCUCUUAGUGCCUCUCUUCAAGACAUGGACACAACUAACAACAAUAACCAAGAAAAUGAUAGUGCACUGUGUUUCCAAGUAGACCAGGAAACUCCUGGAAACUAUUCUGCUUUCACUGAUGUGGAACGAUGUACUCCAAGGGACAGAAGAGGAACUACAGAUAAAGAGAAACUGCCAGCUAGAGCUGUAUAUGACUUUAAAGCUCAAACUUCUAAAGAGCUGUCCUUUAAGAAAGGAGAUACUGUGUAUAUCCUCAGGAAAAUUGAUCAAAACUGGUAUGAAGGUGAGCACCACGGAAGAGUUGGAAUAUUCCCAAUUUCUUAUGUUGAGAAGCUUUCUCCUCCAGAAAAAGCACAGCCUGCCAGGCCGCCUCCUCCUGCACAGAUUGGAGAGAUUGGAGAAGCUAUUGCCAAAUAUAAUUUCAAUGCAGACACAAAUGUGGAGUUAUCGCUUAGAAAGGGAGACAGAGUCGUUCUUCUUAAGCGAGUUGAUCAGAACUGGUAUGAAGGUAAAAUACCAGGAACCAACAGACAAGGCAUCUUCCCUGUUUCCUAUGUAGAAGUUGUCAAAAAGAAUGCAUCAAAAAGUGCUGAUGACUACCCUGAUCCUCCUAUACCCCAAAGCUAUUCUAGUGACAGAAUACACAAUUUAAGUUCAACUAAGUUGCCUUUCCAAGCACUAUCACCACCUCCCAGAUACCAUUUCUCCUCUUGGUCACCCAGUGAUCAAAAGAUACUCCAGGAUGCCACUAGUGAUUUGUUUUCCAGAACGGAUGGUUUUUCACCUUCAAGCUUAUGUAUCUUACCACCUCCACAGUCUCCAGACAGUUUUCUUUGUGACUUAGAAGAACUCAGUUCUUUGGCAUUAACAACAUCCCAGUCUUUAGCAAUGUCCCCAAAUAGUAGUAUUCACCAAGUUAAGGGAAAUGAUUUUAUUCCAAAUACAGAGAUCUCUCUCGGCUCCACUACAGCUCUUCCUCAGUCUUUUCUCGUAUCUGCCUCCAUCUCACCUUCAGCCAGUUCAUCUCAUGACAUAACACAUAAGCAUGAAAGCAACAACACUGAAUUUAGAAAAGAUACAGACCUGAGAACUGAAGAGUCAAGUACAUCUCUGAAGACACCCAGAGACUUGUCAGAUACUACCACAGAAGAUGAAGUUGUCUGCUCUACCUGCAACAUCCCUUUGCUACAUAAAUGUAGCUCCAUCUCCGCCAAGCUAGAUGCAAGUGCUGAAAACGAAGAGGAAAUCAGCACAGCAGAUCUGUCAAUUGACCUAGGAGAUCAGUUGGAGCCUCAAGAAUCAGGUUUCUACAGAGAACCAGAAGACACAACAGAAGAACUGAUAAAACUCUACAUAGAUGAGGAUCUGAUACAAGACAAUUUAGAAUUUCCUAUAGGAAGCAAAGGAGAUUCCAUAGUUUGUUGUGAAGGAUACACCUCACCAAGUAUCAAUAAGCCACAGCGCCCUGUGCUUGCUCAUGAAAACAUACACAGUGGGGGGGAACCGUUUCAGGCUCUAUAUAACUAUACUCCUAGGAACGAAGAUGAAUUGGAGCUCAGAGAGGGAGAUGUCAUUGAUGUGAUGGAAAAAUGUGAUGAUGGAUGGUUUGUGGGAACUUCAAGAAGAACCAAAUUAUUUGGUACUUUCCCUGGAAACUAUGUCAAGAGGCUGUGAAUUUUUUUUCAUUCUUAUUUAUGCUGCAUCUCUGCAACAUAUCUGCAUAAAGCUGCUAGAAAACAUGCUACGCUGGCCUUCAGUUUUCUUGCUUGCAGUCUCAAAUAGAGGCCAUCCAGUUCAUCCUCAUCCCAUCCCAUCCGCCAAACUGUUCCAGCAGUAUUACAGCAACGACUACCGUGUGAAUAACUAAGCUUUUCUGAAACAAGAGGAAUCCUCCCUGCUUUUAACUCUUUUUAUUCGAAACACAGUAGGAAAAGCCAGAGGAGAGGUACCCAGAAGAAUUGCUAUGGGGGGGGAGGGAGGUUGUGAGUAGAGGGAGAAACUCUUCCUGUUUGGGACAUUAGUGGUACUACCAUGAAGUGCGAUGGGAAAAUAUAACUUUUCAGCAUGCAUGUACAACAGAGGGAAAGUUGCUGCUUACUAUUUAAGAAAAAAGAAGUUUUUUGAGUUUCCACAUUCUUAUUAGCUUGGCAGCAUUUGUUAUUUUCACUUUGCUGUAUCACAGGUUUGCCUAUUGUACCGGUUUACAAUGACAAAUUAUAAUAUAGGUUUUGCCUGCACUUGUAUGUUGUAACUUAUGCACAGUGACUGUAAAAUCUCAAGCAAGCGUAGUGAAAAAUGGGAGAACUGCAAGUUUUCUGAUGGUGCAAUGGUAUUUGCUCAAACCUUUUUGCCCUAUUAAAGCUACAGCGUUUUCUGUUCAAAGGUAAGAAGUGCUAGAGGGAUAAAAUCUCGGGAAGCAGGAUUUAAAGAAGAGAUGGACAAUAAUAUAAGCAUAGACAUUAACAAGCUGUGAUCAUAUGACAUUAAAUGGCUGUAAUAAAAAUGUUGUAAUAGUCAGCAGCAUGAAAUCUGAGAGGUUGGAGUUUUUAUGUACCACAGGCAUUUUAAGAAGCAGCAAGUAAACAGUGUUAGUGCAAAGGAUUUGUUUUCCUCUAACAUAGCCACCUGAAAACGUUCACAAGUAUCAUGUACUGAUUUAUUUCACUAUAUAUACAUAUAUAUAUACACACAUAUAUAUAUGUCUGUUAACAAAACCUGAGUUAUGCAUUCUUUUUUAGGAAUUUAGUACAUUUAAAAAAGAAAAAAAAUCACAAGUAUUAAAAUCAAUACAUUUUAGAGGGUUUGGAUGUUUCUUUUUCCUGAUUGAAUCAAGUAUUUGAAAGCAGACAUUCUCCAUAUGCAACCGUAAGCAUAAAGAGCAUUAUGAAAGUAAGGCACAGGAUGACAAGGACUAUGACUUCAUGAAAAAAAAAAUAGAUUUUUUUUUUCCCCAAGUCAGAUUUGUUUUCUUUGGCACCUUAUAGAUGGCAAAAGCUUCUACUGCAUUUCUCAUGGGUAAAGGACUGAAAUUAUCCACGUGUAUUUAGUCUCUGUAGCAUUUUGUACAUAUGUUUGCUUUUUUGUACAGAGCCAUUUGGUUGUUGAUUUUGAAAAAAAAAAAAAGAAAAAAGAAGUUUCUUAUUUGAUCUUUGCCCUCUUUACAUACAGAACAUUUCAAUGCAUUUUGCUUUACUUGCUCUAUUUACCAUAAGCACAUCUGAAUAGUGCAAUUCUGUAAGAUAGCAUUUUAUGCAAAAUUUUAUUAAUUAAAAUAUGGUUUACCAGCCAAAUCUAAAUGUACAUAUGUCUUUAUUACUGAGAAAUGUCAUUAAGACAAAGGUAAAGAAACAUCUUUGUGCAGCAUACCUUUAUUAUUGCAGAUUUAAUGGCAAAAGCUUUAUAUUUCAAAGGCUUUCAAUUUUAAACUAGAUCUGCAUGCAGCUUUGCUGUGAGAUUAAUUCCUAUCUUUGAUGCCAUUUAUGAUUGAAGACUUAAAUAUCUGUUGCCUGUGAUAUUUAAAAAGUACUGUUUCUACUCUGUAUCUGAUUUUAGAAAAAUACAGGUUUUUCAUACCUGGCUUUCAGGUAACUGACUUUGAAUUCCUACAAGCAAAAGGUCUCUGUGGUUUUUUUCUUGAAUAGACUUCUAAUAAAUUUUGCUUGGAGUACA